AUGACGGCUUCGCACAGUGACUCUUUGGUGGUGUUGUUUGGGGCAACAGCUGGUGCAUAUGGGGCUAAACUGGGUUCGGAUGAGAGGGAACUAAUUCUCUUGGUGUGGCAAGUUGUGGAUCUACCCAGCAAGAAGGUAGGGACACUACACAAAUCCCUGGUGAAAGCAGACAAUUUGGACUUAAGUGACCAGUGUCGUGAAGCGAGUGGCUUAACGCCAGAGGGAUUGGGCAAAGCUGAGCCACUGGACCGGGUUCUUCAACAGUUUAGUCAGCUGGUAUCCAGUGAUUUGAAAGGACUUGGAAGGAGCUCUUACACACUCUGCAGUGAUGGCCAGUUACUCAUUCGACAAGUCCUCCACCCAGAAACAUCUAAGAAGAACUUCCUGCUGUCAGACUGCUUCUAUUCCUUUUAUGAUCUGCGCAAAGAAUUUCACACUUGCUAUCCUAGUUCAGCCGCCGUGAAAGAUCAGACUAUCAAGACCAUGGCAGAAUAUCUAGGUUUAGGGACAGAUGAAACAGAGGAGGACUUUGGCGUGUGGCAAGUGAAAACCAUGGUGGCUAUCAUUUUCAGCAUGCUCUCUGAAAGUUGUAGUCACAUAUUUACUGAGCCUGAAACUGUGAAAUACAAGUAUGAAACAGGUCCUUGUAGUAAAUCUGAAACAGUGGACAGUGAGACAGUAAUACGUGCCAGAGGUUUGCCAUGGCAGUCUUCAGACCAAGAUAUUGCUCGAUUUUUCAAAGGACUCAACAUUGCCAAAGGAGGUGUGGCUCUUUGUCUGAAUGCUCAAGGAAGAAGAAAUGGGGAGGCAUUAGUUCGGUUUGUCAAUUCUGAACAGAGAGAUCUUGCACUGGAAAGACAUAAGCAUCACAUGGGUAGCAGAUACAUUGAGGUUUACAAAGCAACUGGGGAAGAAUUCUUAAAAAUUGCAGGAGGCACCUCCAAUGAAGUGGCCCAGUUCUUAUCUAAGGAGAAUCAAGUUAUCAUCCGGAUGAGAGGCCUUCCAUUCACUGCUACUCAGGAGGACGUCUUGGGGUUCCUGGGGCCAGAGUGCCCAGUCACAGGAGGGAAAGAGGGACUUCUCUUUGUCAAGUACCCAGAUGGCAGGCCCACAGGAGAUGCAUUUGUGUUAUUUUCCUGUGAAGAAUAUGCACAGAAUGCACUUAAAAAGCACAAAGAAAUACUUGGGAAACGUUACAUUGAACUCUUCAGGAGCACAGCAGCAGAAGUCCAACAGGUACUUAACCGAUAUAUGUCAACACCUCUUAUUCCCACUCUCCCAACUCCCAUCAUUCCCGUCAUACCCCCACCAUAUACCAUUGCCACGGGUAGUAUACGUGACUGUGUCCGGCUCAGAGGCCUUCCUUACACUGCUGGCAUUGAUGACAUCCUGGAAUUUAUGGGAGACGCCACAGCUGAUAUCAAGCCCCAUGGAGUUCACAUGGUCCUUAAUCAACAGGGACGACCAUCAGGUGAUGCUUUUAUCCAAAUGAAAUCUGCUGACAAAGCCUUUAUGGUGGCUCAAAAAUGUCAUAAAAAAAUGAUGAAGGACCGUUAUGUGGAAGUAUUCCAGUGUUCAGGAGAGGAGAUGAACUUUGUUUUAAUGGGUGGCACUUUAAAUCGUAGUGGCUUAUCCCCACCGCCAUGUAAGUUACCAUGUCUUUCUCCACCAGCUUAUGCUGCUUUCCAGACAGCAGCUGUGAUCCCAGCAGAGGCAGCGCUUUACCAGCCACAAGCCCUCUUGCCAACCACCAGGACUCCCCAGGCCUCCGCGGCUGCUCCUCCAACUGUUACCUACUACCCAGCUCAGGCUGCUCAGCUUUAUAUGAAUUACACAGCUUACUAUCCCAGUCCUCCAGUUUCCCCUACCACAGUGGGGUAUAUUGCAGCUCCUCCAGGAGCUGUAGCCGCUGCUGCCACUGCCACCCACACUCCGAUUCUGCCCCAGCCUGGAGCAUUAGUCCGUAUGCAGGGCUUGCCAUAUAACACAGGAAUGAAGGAGAUACUCAGUUUCUUCCAGGGGUAUCAGCUCCACGCAGAUUCCAUCCUCGUGCUUUACAACUUUAGUGGCCAGCCCAGUGGAGAGGCGUUGGUGACUUUUCCAAGCCUGGAUCUAGCUAAGAAAGCAGUGGCUGAGAAAAACGGACAGCUCCUGGGAAGCCGCUAUGUAGAACUGUACCUGGUCUAA